AUUUGGAACAAUAUAAGGAUAUCAAACAUUACAGGGACCAAAAUGGAAUGAACAAAAUCAGUUGGGGUCGUAUAUAUAAUAUUUCAUAUUUCGAAAGAGAGAUCGAUCUGCGAAUUCAUUCCAUUAACACCCAAGAUCUCGCACCAGAGAAGAAGAAAGUACAGAGGGAAAACAAAAUGAUCGACUCUAUCGGACCGCCAUUAAUACCACCUCUCGUCUUCUUUCUAUUGUUAUUUACAUCCGCCCAAGUAUCGCUCUCAGAAUUAACAGCAAUGAAAGGGAGAAGUCUGAUGGGUAUUAAGGAAACCCCAAAUGGAGGAAAUGUCACCUUCGAUUGCUCUCCUUCGGGCCCUUGCAUACCCUGCGCUCGCUCUGAAAAGAGGGACGAAAAAUACCACUGUGGCGAAACCGGAUAUCGCAUUCGCUUGAAAUGCGUGCCCUCCGGCUCUGAUUCGAAAGAUGCAAAAAGUUCAAAGGCGCAGGAAAAACGAUCCACUCUCGAGUCUGAUGAGCAAAUCACUUCUUCGUCUAGGCAAAGAAGAUUGAAGAGUGAUUCGUCCAAAUCGAAAGGUUCUUAUGCCACUUACAGAAGCUGUAUACCUGCAGUAAACGAAGAAAAAUUGUCGGUGCUUGGUUUUGAGGCAAUAAUGCUGGCUUUGCUGGUAAGCAGUGGCUCGUUUAUAUAUGUGAGGCGGAAACGAAGUAGUGCUGCAGCAGGUGGUGCACCGGUCAGGCUCCCAACUAAUCCUAGGUUUUAAGUUUCACUACGAAUUACGACUUUACAUAAACUGUUUUUUUUUCUUUUUCUUUUUUUUUUUUUUGUUAUAAUGUGAAGGGGUGUUGUAAAUUCCUUUUAUACGUGGUGUUACAACUCACACAAACUACAAAUUCCUUGUGGCGUUUUGUUAUUAACUAUUUGAGUCGGUACUAAACGAGCUAUCUUAUGUGGAAGUGGUUCCCGAAUGUUAUAUAUAAAGUCGAUUCUCGACAAAUUGUAAUAGCUCAACCUAGAUUUGUAUGUGCUUUUGUUACUUGUGAAACAGUGAUUACUCAACUUGGUGUGAUGGAAAUUUCAAA